AGCCAACAUCAUGUUGCAGUAUCACCUCCUCCUCCUACCUCUCCUGAUGCUGCCUUGGGCAGGAUGGACUCAAGCUGCAUUCGUUACUCCAAGAGUUGGAGGCCCAAGAUCUUAUGGUGAUGGAAGAAAAUACAGAGUCGGCCUCCUACGUCAAAAAGCGACAGGAAAUCGACGCUGAGAACCUUGCGAAGCUUCAAGAAGGCUUAGCAAAGAGCAGGCAGCGUCUGAUGGGGGACUUGGAUGUGAUUUUUGGUGUGAGCGAGGAUGUGGGCCUCACGAAGACUUUGGAUAAGCUGGAGGAAGUGCUGAUGAUGUCGGACAUAGGGGCGGCCACGACGGGUGAAAUCAUCGACGACCUCCGCAUGGUCGCCAAGGCCGAGAAACUGGAGCCUGACGACGUCAAGUCUGUCCUCCGUUUGCGUUUGAUAGAGGCGUUGACGGCCAAAGAUAGGAGUAUGCAGUUGAAAAAGGAAGCGUCCGCGGGGAAUGGAAAGAGCUACCCUCGUGUCCUCUUCGUCAUCGGUGCGAACGGGAUGGGCAAGACGACGACGAUCGGGAAGAUCGCCUCCCGCCUCAAAAAUGAAGCGAAUCAGAGUGUGCUGGUUGCCGCCUGUGACACUUUUCGCGCCGCCGCUGUCGACCAGCUGGAGGAGUGGACGGUGCGAGCCGGCGUGGACAUCCACCGGCCAGGGGAAGGGCAGACGAAACCCGCGCCCGUGCUGGAAGAGGCUAUCAGUAAGGCGAUCGAAGGAGACUACGACGUGCUGAUUGUGGACACGUCUGGGCGGCUUUCAAAUAACGUGGCCUUGAACGAGGAGCUCAAGAAGUUGAAAAGGACCAUCGCGGACGGCAUCCCUGGUGGCCCGCAUGAGACCCUACUCGUCUUAGACGGCGCCGUGGGCAGGAAUGGGGUAGAUCAGGCAAAGGUCUGGAAUCGAGAGGUUGGAAUCACGGGGUUGGUCAUCACGAAACUUGACGGCACGGCCAGGGGAGGUGUGGUGGUUAGCAUCGUGAGGGACGUGGGCGUCCCUGUGAAGCUCAUUGGAGUGGGCGAGGGGAUUGAUGACUUGCGGGAUUUCAAUCCAGAGGAUUUUGUGGAUGCUUUGUUGGGAUAUGAGCCUGAACAGGUGCUGGCCUUGGAGGCCCGGCUUCAAGACAUGGUUCAAGGCAAACUUAUCAAGCCGAAGAGAGGGACGAUAUCAGCGACAGGAUGA